CCGCCGUGCUCGUCGUGGCCGCCGCGUCGCCCCUGCCCGGCCGGGAGCCCGUCUACAACUGGCAGGCCACCAAGCCCACCGUGCACGAGCGCUUCGCCUUCCUCUUCAACAACGAGGUGCUCAGCGACGUCCACUUCUUGGUCGGCAAAGGCCGCGCCGGAGCUCAGCGCAUCCCCGCCCACCGGUUUGUGCUGGCCGUGGGCAGUGCCGUCUUCGAUGCCAUGUUUAAUGGCGGCAUGGCGACGACGUCUACGGAGAUAGAGCUGCCGGACGUGGAACCAGCUGCCUUCUUAGCGUUGCUGAAGUUUCUUUAUUCGGAUGAGGUUCAGAUCGGGCCAGAGACUGUGAUGACAACUCUUUACACCGCGAAAAAGUACGCUGUCCCUGCCCUCGAGGCUCACUGUGUGGAAUUCCUAAAGAAAAACCUGCGAGCGGACAACGCCUUCAUGCUUUUGACCCAGGCCAGACUCUUUGAUGAGCCCCAGCUGGCGAGCCUUUGCCUGGAGAACAUCGACAAGAACACGUCCGACGCCAUAAACGCCGAAGGGUUCACAGAUAUCGACCUGGACACACUGAUCGCUGUGCUGGAGCGGGACACCUUGGGCAUCCGGGAGGUGCGCCUCUUCAACGCGGUGGUCCGGUGGUCGGAGGCCGAGUGCCAACGCCAGCAGCUCCAGGUGAUUCCGGAGAACAAGCGCAAGGCCUUGGGCAAGGCCCUGUCGCUCAUCCGCUUCCCCCUGAUGACGAUCGAGGAGUUCGCCGCAGGGCCGGCUCAGUCGGGGAUCCUAACCGACCGCGAAGUGGUCAGCCUCUUCCUCCACUUCACCGUCAACCCCAAGCCGCGGGUGGAGUUCAUCGACCGGCCCCGCUGCUGCCUAAGGGGGAAGGAGUGCAGCAUCAGCCGCUUCCAGCAGGUGGAGAGCCGCUGGGGGUACAGCGGGACCAGCGACCGUAUCAGGUUCUCCGUGAACAAGAGGAUAUUUAUAGUUGGGUUCGGGCUCUACGGAUCGAUCCACGGCCCCACGGAUUAUCAAGUCAACAUACAGAUCAUUCACACCGACAGCAACACAAUACUGGGCCAGAACGACACCGGAUUUAGCUGCGACGGGUCCUCUAACACUUUCCGGGUGAUGUUCAAGGAGCCGGUGGAGAUCCUGCCCACUGUCAGCUACACGGCCUGCGCAACUCUGAAGGGCCCCGACUCCCACUACGGAACCAAAGGGCUGCGUAAAGUGAUCCACGAGUCACCCACAACGGGCACCAAGACCUGCUUCACUUUCUGCUACGCCGCCGGGAACAACAACGGCACCUCGGUGGAGGACGGACAGAUCCCAGAGAUCAUCUUCUACACAUAGCGCUGCUGCCGGCGGAGUCAAGCGACGGAUCAGGCGCUGCUCCUCUCCCGCUGCCUUCCCCCUCCCGCCCCGUGUCCUUCCAAGCUUUAAGAAAAGACAAAAAAAACAACCAACCCACCCCCCAAAACAAAUCACCGGCUCACCAUUUUGCUCUGCCAGCUGGAAGUACGCUAGCCUGAGUUAGUGACUUAGUGGACGGACACGGCCGGUCAUGCCGCGUGGGGGAGACAGCGGCCUCGCUCUCCUCACCAGGGGACAUAACGUUGACCAGCAUUACCCGCCAGGUCGGCCGAGGCUCCCGACUCCCCCCGUUAUUUCCGCCGGUAACCUGACUUUUGACAAUUCUUUCACUGUAAUGAAUGUAGCAGCUUUCACACCCCGGUCACGCUCGCGAUGACGGUAAGAGUUGUUUGUAGCGAGGAAGGCUGUUCUGUACUCGGAGAGAGCCCUCUCUGCUCACUACCAGGUCGGGGCGGUGGGAGAAUGGGGUUCCGAUUGUGGCUUAGCAGGGUUUACCCACAAUGCACCUGUGGGGGUAGGAAGGUCAGGGCGGUUCUCCGCCUCCUAGAAAUGUCCCGCGUGCUAACUUGCACGGAGAGCGGGAAUUCCUCUGACGGAAGCAACAUUUCAAGUCACUCCUGGACACUGAACCGAUGGGACAAAAAAACGUCUUGCGUUUCUGGACGGAGCCGGAAGGCGCAGCUGGGAAGGGUAGCUUCGACGGCCUGUUUCAGCUGCCUCGCUUCUCUCCCUUUCGUCCUAAGCCGCCUGGGCCGACGAGACAACCGGCAAGCCGGCUACCAUCCACCGCUUCCGUUUUGUGGUAAGGAGCCUCCGAGUGUUUCCGCCGCUGUUAAUCCAGUGCAACUUAACAAUGCAUUCUGCUCUCCCAGCCGUUUUCUUCCGUCUCGUUCUGUGGGCGACCGCUUUGCGGGAACGGGGAAGCAACUCGGCGGCUCGGGUCGCAAAAAAGGCUGCUCUGGAACUCGGUAACUUGAACGUUUCCCCCCCCCCUCCCCCCCAAAGCCAUCGACGGGGCAGAAUUCUCUUUGGGCAUUCUUUAAAGGAAAAAAUACGCACUUACGGGGAGUGCAGAGGGGGAGGAAAGAAGCACAUCUCCCAGCAGCAACAAGUUCUGUGCGUAUUUCUGUCCCCGAAGUCGUCGUACUACAGACUGUAGCUGUGUUGCACACUGGUUGCAAGAAGGUGUUUGUUUUUUGGGCCGCUUCCCACUCCAAUCCUGCAGCCGGGAUGGGGAGGUUGUUGAAUCUUUCCUCAUAAGGAUGAGGAAAGACAUCUUCUGGUGGGUAAAGCCUUCCCGAAAUGGGUCACUCUCCCAGAUGACAAAUCUCUUGAGAGGAAGGGUGGCGGGUGCAGGCAAGCUACAUUCCUGGGUGCCGCGUUUCCCUCCCCUUGCCCCAGUGCGGGUAGCCCAGGCUUGCCUGAUCUCAGAAGCUCAGCAAAGUCAGACCUCCCCGUGCCCCAGAGAGAGGCAGGGUAUGCAAACUUAUCUCUGAACGUUCCUUGCUUUGAAAGCCUCCCUGGAGUUGCCGUUAAGUUGGCCGCCACUCGGCACCAACGAAGCGCAGCGUCGGCCUGCCCGAAUUGAACCUUCCUGGUUUUCUAAGGUCACGCCCCGCGCUUCACUUUUUGGCACCUUCCGUUUCCCAGCUUUGUGCGCGAGGAAAUUCUGGCGCCGAGAAGCCCCGCCUUUUGCCAAAGGAAAAGCUUUCCGCCGCUCUGAGAUGGAACGUGACCUCGCGCCCGAGCGGCUUCCCAUCUAGGAAGCCUCGCUCUCUCUCUCUCCAGCUCCUUUACGCUAUUGACUCAUCUUGCUGAAGACCCCCCCACCAGGACUCCCUCUAAGCUGUGGAGCCUCGCGAGCAAAAUGUCCGCUAUGCGAGCCGCUGGCGUCAAAAGUUGCGAGCUGCUGCAUAAAUUGGUUUGCUCUGGGGGCCAUCGUUCCUGAGCUCGGGCACAAAGUGUGUGAGCCGGAGGCUAAAAAACCUGUGAGCUAGCUCCCAAUCGCUCAGCUUAGAGGGACGUGUCGCUUCGUGGCUUGAACACCGUGGGGUGGAGUUGUUUCUAUAAUGGCCAGUAUGUGUUAUGGGUCCAUCUGUCUAAACAGGCAGCUCUUUAGUGGGACAAAUCCCCCCCCCCGGUCCCCCCGUUGACGCUGCAGCAUGGAGGGGUUGCUCUUCCGCACCUCUAGUCCUACCCUUUUGCUGUGUUACGUAGCACCUUUCCCCUGUGCAUAAGCGACGCUUAACGGUUGGGUUCCAAGCGAGAGUCUGUUGGCUACAAGAAGAAACCGCCACUGCUGCAGUUUUCCAUUCCCUUUGGAUCUCUGGCCCCCGUCCGGCUUAGCUGAGCUGCUAAACCUACCUGGUGUGAAAUUCUCUCCCCCUUACUUCUGGGAGGGGGAGCCUCUUUUAUUUAUUAAAACAGCAUCCCCCCAAAACAGAUGCAUUCUGCAGAACGCACCCCCCCCCCCGGCAAAAGAGGUCCUCUAAUGACGAAAGGUUUCCCGCCAAGAGCCAAGGCCGUACACGCUGCUUGUGCUGUAUAACGGACAAAAAAUAAAGGUAUUCCUGACGCUGUGUUUGGUCUUUGCCACUCUCUGUACAUAGAAAACCAAUAAAGGCAGCCUGGUUGUCUUUAA